AUGGAACAUGGUAUUGAACUUAUUUGUCUGCCUCCACAUAGUACUACAGUGUUACAACCACUAGAUUUGGUUACACUCACAAAGGUGAAAACUGCAUGGCGGCUCAUACUCAAUACACACAACACCCAAACCAAUUCGAAAUCUAUUGAUAAGAAACGUUUCUGCUACUUGUUGAGUGAACUAUGGCGAAAUCAUAUUCUUCCAAGUCAUUGCUCUUCUGGGUUCUCUCGGGCAGGCGUCUAUCCAUAUGAUCCAAGGGCCGUCACAAAGGAAAAACUUUUAAUUCCUCCAUCAUCUUCAACAUGCUCAAGUACUCAACUUGAAUCUAACGACGAUAUUGGCCUGCUCAAUCAUCGUAACUGUCGUCUUAAUCGUUCGUCUUCAUGUAAUGCAUUUUCAACCGAGGCUCUGGACGCCACUACUACUCCACUUCAACAAAUCGCUCCUGUUUCAGCAACAAAAUUAGCGAUUAAUGCCUCAUCUAUUAGCAAUAUUCAAUAUGGUAAGUCUAUUAGUUUAGAACCACAUUCUGUUCAAGCAACAUUGAGUGGUUUGCUAGAUAUUCCAGUUUGUUUAAAUGGCAAUGAUCAUCAUGCAUCUUUGUCAUCGAUCUUAAUGCCACAAUCAACUGAAAUUCAAAAUGAUGCAUCAUAUGUCAAUUUUGGUCCUCCCGGUCUCAUUUCUAAUGGAAUUACAAUGCUAGGAUCUCAUGAACAAUCAUUAAAUGCUGUGAGUAUGGUUAACAUCGACACUGCUCCAGCUCAACCAAAUCCUCUCGAAGCAAUUACAAAUGCAAUAAAUGGAUUUUUAACUCCAUCAGUUCCACUUUCAAAUGAAAAACGAAGAUUUGUUCUGGAAAGACCAUAUGGUGAGAGCCUCACCUCGGUUGAAGCUCUUCGUAAAGUAAAUGAAAAGGAAAAAUUUGAUUUUAAGCGUAAGAAACGUACUUCAAUUGCUCGUGAAGAAAGAAAAAAAAGUGAAAAAGUUCGAUCAAAACGUGGUCGAAAGCCUACGAAUCGUGCUAAAAAAAAUCUCGAAUUAAUGCAUUUCGACGAACUUUCCAACGAAAAUGAUCCAACACGUGCGUCAAUUAUUUAUUCUCAACAAACUACUUCUUCAUGUGUACCAUCAACAGUGCCUUAUUUUACCCAAGCGGAUGUUAAUUUGCAUUUUAAUCAAACUGUAAAUAAUCCUUACUCAUAUCCUUUACCAACAGUGAAUUGCUUUCGUUGUGAUCAAAUACUAUUUGCUAAUGGAUAUUAUGCUAAAUGUACAGGUUGUACGAAGAUUUGUUGCUUUAGUUGUGCAAAUGGAUAUUACAAGUCAACAACUACAUAUUUCGUGUGUGAACAUUGCUCGCUUCAUCGUUGUCUCAUUUCUACUCAACUAAUGUGA